GUAUGAGCUAUGCAUUGUGCUUAUAAAUAGAGACCACUCCUCUCCUAAAUACUCACACACCAAUCAUCUUCAUCUCCUUCUAUUCUCAUAUUAUACAUUAAGAAUUCAUCUAUGGCUGUUUUCACAUUCGAGGACCAAACCACUUCUCCCGUGGCUCCAGCCACCCUUUACAAAGCUCUUGUGAAAGAUGCCGACAACAUCGUCCCAAAAGCCGUUGAUUCCUUCAAGAGUGUUGAAAUCGUUGAGGGCAACGGUGGCCCCGGAACCAUCAAGAAGAUCUCUUUCCUUGAGGAUGGGGAGACAAAGUUUGUGUUGCACAAAAUAGAAGGAAUAGAUGAGGCCAACUUGGGAUACAGCUACAGCAUUGUUGGAGGUGUUGCUUUGCCAGACACUGCAGAGAAGAUCACGAUUGACUCCAAACUCAGCGAUGCUCCUAACGGAGGUUCAGUGGUAAAGCUGAGUAUAAAAUACCACAGCAAAGGAGAUGCUCCACCCAAUGAAGAUGAGCUUAAAGCUGGCAAGGCCAAGAGUGAUGCUCUUUUCAAGGUCAUCGAGGCUUACCUUUUGGCCAAUGCUUGAAUUAUUACCAGCAGACUUUCUUUCUGUGUUUAUCUUAAAACCUGCCUUCCAACGUAACAGUGUUUCCUUUCUUAUUUUUGUUUUUUCCUAUUGGGUUUUGUAUCUCAGUUCAUCAAUAAAUUAUAAUAAAUCAGACCAAAUUUUAAA